AAAAAAAAAAAGUGUGCACUAAUCCUACAUUCUUUUGCUUUCGAAUUUUCUUUUUUUUUUUUAAAAAAAAUGACACUCUCAGAAGAAGAGGCAAAUGCACAGUUAGAACGAUUACAGCAAAAGCUUACUUUAAAUCUACAAGAAAUUGAUAAAAACUUUUCUGAAUGUAAUCAAGUGUUAACUUCGAAAACAAUACCAGAAAUAGAAAGAUAUGCAGAAGCAACUUCACGAAUAUGGAAUUAUUGCAAAAUUUGGCUUUAUUUUUUCAAAUCGAUGGAUCAAGAUGAACAACAAUGGAUGGAAUCAAAGGAUAUCAGAAAUAUGACCAAUCGACCACCUCAUGCAGAUUCAACUACUUCUUCUUGGAAUCAACGAAUAAAUCAUGAAUUAUCUGCAGGAGAAAUUACUGAACUUGUGUCUCAUGGAUACAUUCGUAAAAAUCUUCAACAACCCUCAUCCACAUCCUCGCAGGGAACAUUACAACGAUUUUCAAUGGAUAGAAGCAUGUUUAAUGAUAUUCCUGAAUAUAUGCAGUUUGUAAAGAAUCCAAACCGACAAAUUAAAAGUGCCAUUCCACACAAGAUAUCUACAGGCUCUUCAACGUCUUCUAAUCAAGAUAGAAAUAACGAUGCAAUCAUGAAUAUCGACGGGAUCUCUCCACCACAUACACCCUAUUAUCCUGAUCCAGAGAAAUUAAUACAUACACCUGUUCAUGAAGCAUCACAGAUAUUAGCAGAAAGCGUAAUACAGUCAACAGGCUUACGAAGUUCAGAAGAUGAGAAUGAACAGUUGAAUAUUGGAUUUAAGGAUAAAGAAUUUGACCAAACAAAUACAACACAAAAUUCGAAUAUGAUGGCUAUGGAUAAUGCGGCAGAUAGAGAUCGUUUUAUGUCCUUUGUAGAAUCAAGACAGCAUAGUUUUAAAAAGAUGGCUGAGCAUGAAGAAUUACCAACUUUAGUUGCUUCAACCAAAUCACCUAGCAUAACUGUAGAGCAACGUCAAAAGAUGUCUGCAACCUAUUGGACAAAACCUAUCAUUCCUUCAUUUGAAGAAGAAGAAGAAGAUAAUAAUAAUCGUAAUCAUAAUCAUAAUCAAAAUCAAAAUCAAAAAAAGGAUUCCAGUUUUAUAUCCCUUUCAACAGUGACAUCAACCCCAUUAAGAGCAUCUAAUAAAACAGAUAGUGAUUUUGGAGCUUUUGAAUUUUCAGAUGCAUUAUCUCAAGCCAAUGGUCGACGUUCUAGUUUACAAAUUGAGGAGGAUUUAACGAGUGGAUCUGGAUCUAAUAUAACUAUGGUUUCAGGCAUUUCAGGACAGAUCCCAGCCAAAUUUGAUUUAUUGUAUUUCCCUGAAAAGUUCCGAAUGCCACCUGCUUCUACACAAUUAAUGAGAGUUCAUGACUUUUUCGCAAAUAGACCGGGUGAGAUGGUUACUGUUGAAAAUAUUUUAUCUUAUGUUGAUGAUGAUGAUUAUACAGAAGAAAAUGUUCGUAUAUUAAUCAAAUUGCUUGUUAAAAGAAAGUAUUUAAAAAAGGUAGGAGACAAAGAGGCUUGGACAAUUAGAAAAUGAAAGAAGAAAAAAAAACAAGCAAUAUAGCAAAGUAUUACUUCAUAAAGAGAUUACACAUUCUGUAUAUACAUACAUACAUACAUACAUACAUAGUAAAUCGUAUAAUAUCUUUAGACAUUAACUUUUAAAUAAAAAUACAAUACACUUCUCAGUUUUUUU